AAGAAAACGGUUACUGGGGAAAAACGGUUACGAAAUUGGGAAAAGAAAAUUCAGAGAGAGCGAAGAAGAUGAGUGGUAUCUUCGUGUACAGAAUCAGCACAGCGAAGGAGUGGGAAGAGUUGCAGGCGAAUGGCUCCACAUUCGGUGGUAACCUUGACAAAUCCUCUGCGUUCAUCCAUCUCAGCAAGCUCGACCAGGUUCGGUCAACGCUGGAGAGAUUUUACAUGAACUGCAAGGAGGAACUCUACCUGCUUCAAAUUGAUGCUAAAAAGCUUGGCGAUGGUUUGGUGUAUGAAAUGGUGGAUGGUUCCAAUAGCUUCCCUCAUUUCUAUGGGCCGUCUCGAAGCUUUAGUCCUCUUUCUCUAGAUGUUGUCACUAAAGCAGAGAAGCUUUCGCUCUCAGAUGGUCGAUUCACUUGUUGUUUGCUUGAUCAAGUGGUAAGCUGAUCGAUCUGCGCCAUCAUCUUCUUAUUCUGUCAUACUUCUUUGUAGUUUCAUAGUCUUACUGUGGAGUGUGAAUGUUUGUUGCCUGCUAUAUGCCUGACUAUGCACAAACCUUGAUAAUCAUUUCUGAGUGAACGUGAUGGAGUGCUGAGAUGUCACUGCUAGAA